GAGAUGCAAGCAUAGGCCUACCACGAACACGUGAACACAUCUCCAAAACGCAACCCAUGUGUACGGUAACCCCCAAGCGUGUUUUGUGUUCUUGAGGUAGCAUGGCCAAGUAUAUCUAAAUUACCGGCACUUACAGCUUGUCUACUUCUCCCCAGCACCGUGUGAAUGUACGGAUACAGGACAUUCCCUGGCUAACCAUGAUACAACUUUGCCAAUUGUUUUUCGCCGUGGGACUCAUAUUGAUGGCACGAGGCAAGAAGUUAAGUGGAGGUGACCUGCCCCCUAUCCCCCACGUCCAACAUCGACCCCUGCCCCCGGCCAUCUGGGGUCACUGGACGAAUUACGGCCCCUGCUCCAGGACUUGUGGCCGGGGGGUGAAGAUGAGGACACGUGACUGUCUGCAGUGGACGGGUGAACGCUAUACCGAGACCCACCUCACCGCUUGUGCCGGCAACAACAUCGACUACAGACUAUGUGAACUUGGGAAGUGUAGCCACGAUGAAGACUUCCGAGCCUACCAGUGUCGCAUUCUCAGCAAGACCCGUCAUGUCGCAGGCCGCAUCCACCAAUGGAUACCCUACGAUGGAGGCAAGCCAUGCGAGCUCAACUGUAAAGCCGUGGGUCGAUCAUACUACUACAGCUUCGGCACCGUUCAGGACGGGACCCUGUGUCUCAACACCAACAACCACGUGUGUGUCCAUGGCCAAUGCAAGUUGAUUGGCUGCGACGAUCACGUGGGCGGCGGGACCCGGAUGGACAUGUGUGGCGUGUGCAACGGAAAGAAUGACACCUGUUCUUUCAUCAAGUCCACAUACAGAACUGAGCUGCCUACUGGGAGGGGGAAGCACCGGGGUUACAAUGAGGUAGUAACCAUCCCACGGGGAUCAACUCACUUCAGCGUGAAGGAGUCCAGUCGCAACCACCUAGCGCUUAUGAAUUCAAAGAACAACUUCGUUCUGAACGGCCACUACACCAUCGCCAGUCCAGGCAUCUACUCUAUUGGCGGCACAGUGGUGACCUACGACCGAGUCAACACUGGGUACGAGGCUCUACAGGGAGACGGGCCCACAUCCGAGGACUUACACGUUAUGUUGAUGUACAGAGAACAGAACCGAGGGGUUAACUACGAGUUCUGGGUGCCUGGAAUACCGUCUCUAGAACUCCUUAACAUGACGUUCUUGAGAUUCGACAACGCCAUCCCCGUGGACGCGGUGACUGACGUGGAGACGACAACGACGCGCUACACCGUCCCGCCAAGUCCCUCCAGGAAGACCACGUUGUCGGACAACCAGAUCUGGGACAUCGUCAUGUCGGAGAUGGACAACGGGGGGAAGGUGACGAAGCAGUACGACCUCGGCAACGGGGGCAGAGUGACGAAACAAUACCACGGCGACAGGAUUCAGAGAACACAUGGUAAAUCUAAGACUUUGGAUAAACGGAAGAAUGCUACAAAAGAAAAAGUGAGGCAGGAUCGACUGGCGAGGAAGAAGUUGAAGAAGAAGAGUAAGAAGAAGAAGAGGAAGUUUCUGAGCAAAAGUCAGUGCCCAACGUGCAAGAAAAUCCAGAAUCGAAAAAAACAGUUCUGUGCAAGUGAUUUUGUGUCCAAAGCGCGAGUGAACGGAUUUGAAGUGUUUGGGAACGCUACCCGUUACGACAUCAGCAUCAUGUACACCUACAGGAACAUCGUCCCCCUCCUCCACAGGGAGUACAUCUGGGUGUACAACAUCUGCAAGUGUCCGCGCCUGCGCACUGGGAGAGAGUACAUCCUGAUGGGGAUGAUGGAGCAUCAUGGUCAGAGGGAGAUCCGCUUGUCUGUCUCCCCCAACAGCUACGUCAGGAAGUUUUCAUUUAAACAAGACAUCCGAAUGCAGAAAUUAAAACGGAAAAGAUCAAAAUGUAAAAAGAAGAAAAGGGCAUUUUAGAUAGUUAUUAUGGUUUUAAAUAAAUGAAUACAUUAUGUUGGCGACAGUUAAACAUUUAUUGAUACAUUGACCAUUAAAUGGCAGUUCUGACAUAUCAUGCGACCUGAUGACUAUUUCCGUUACCGACAACCAAUGGAGACACCGGAGCCAGUUGCCUAAGGCAACGCAACUCGAUUUGAAGAGUUACGCCCCUUAGUUGCCUCAAUCGGCUGGUCGUUCAGGGUGGCCCAGCCGUCUGAGGCGCCGCACUUCGCUGUGCAGAGUUGCGUUCCCCUGGGCAUACCUGAAAAUUAUGACCGGGGUUCGUUCUGAUUAUGUUUCUAGGUUUGUCAGCACCAUACCCCUGCUCGUGGGUUUCAUCAAAGUGGUACACGUCUAAGAUCUGCAUCACUUCGGGUUUUCCUCCCACCUCAAACCGUAAUGUAACUGGUAUACUCAUUCAGACUGUAACGAUUCACCAUCAGUAUUGUGAUGCCUUAAGGCACGACUAGGAGGUUAAACCUCGAUACAAUACGACAAGUAAGGAACACCCACAAAGGCUGCAAUACCGAUCAGCUGUGACAGAUUAACUAUGGUCAUAUGAAAAAAUCGGAUGUUCUUUAACUUCAUUUGAGUAGUAUAUCUGGACAUGUAUUACUGUGUGUACAGUUAUUGUAAAAUGCUACCCUCUGGCUGUUUAUGCAGGUGCCCUGAAAUCAGAGGCAAUCGUUUCACAAAAGAAAUUGUACCUGUUUUGGUUGCGCCACGGACAUGCCCUUGACUAGGAGAUGGGGAAACGCGGUAUGAGACAAGUUUCGACUGGUAUCGCAUCGCGACCGAUUGAGGUACCACACAACGGGUUUCGUUACAGCCAUCGCCAUUAGAUUAAGCUGACACGCUGAUACCCGAAAUACCGUUCAAAGCGGCGUUAACUCGUUCACGAUAAACUAUAAUCACUAGCAUCCAAAUCUUCAAUGCUAUAACUGUCCCCGAUGUUUGAUGACAUUUUGGACACAACCCCCCAUGUUACGUAUGAUAUGAGCAUAACUAGUUGCAUCUCGUUAACUCGAUCUCUUUUAGCUCAAUGAAUCGCUUAAGUCGAUGAAACUUCAUGGUUCAUCAAUAUCGACUCCAUGGUUUUAUAUCAACGCUCCGCUUACCUUGCACUUCAGAUGAAGGGAUAGGCGGUGGUUCCCAGGUGUUCCGUGUUAAUAAGGUUUAUACUGAUACUGAUAUUACACCGUUUAUGUCGAUAUGCUCUCACACAACCCAGGUAACAGAUAAUCAACUCGCCGAGUAUCCAUCAUUAUUUAUUGUUAUACAUUUUGUGUACUGAUUUGUGUUUUAUAGAAUUGUGUUUCAUUUAUGAUUAUUAAAUGAAUUUAUUAUAA